ACUAAAAAUGACCACCGAGGCGCAAUCGACCCCUAGCAUGGAGCGGGAGUUCGCAGAGACAACCACCCUCCAUGGAAUGAGUCGAGUGUUUGGGGCGACUAAAACCUUAUUCAAGAUCGCCUGGAUUUGUAUCAUGCUCGGAUGUUUGGGAGUUUGUAUCUGGCAGAUUUCUGAUCGAGUUAGGAGAUUUCUCGAGUUCAAAGCUACCACGGAGAUUUCUCUGGAGUAUGUGAGCAGUCUCAACUUCCCUGCAGUGACUGUGUGCAAUUUCAACAGGUAUCGCAUCAGUCAAAUCAACCAGUCUGAUGUGAAGUUCAUUUUGUACCUUCUCGAUGCCAAUGAUUAUGACUACGAAUCUUAUGACUACGAAUCUUAUGGCGAUUCAUCACAAGAUUUGAGUUAUGCCUGGCAGGGUGACAGCGGAUCUUUCAACUAUACUGCAUUCACACUGAGAGCCGGCUUCACUAUGGAUAAUGAUACACUCAUUGAGUGCGAAUGGCGAGGGAAGGAGGAUGCCUGCAGCUCUGCAAACUUCUCGCAUGUUUUUACGUCAUUGGGAAAUUGCUGGACGUUUAAUUCUGGAAUAACUAGACCAGUUUUGAAAGGGAAUCAAGCGGGGAGUGGAAAUGGUCUGAAACUUCUCAUCGACGUACAACAGAGUGAAUACACAGAAACAAGCACCGGUAACCUCGAGGCAGGUCUGAAGGUGUUAGUUCACGACCAAGAGACCCCUGCGUCAGCAGACUCUGGAGGGCUGGCAGUGCCUCCUGGGGUCCAUGCAUUCAUAGGUGUUAAAAAACAACGGAUUAUUAACCUGAAUCCUCCAUACGGGCAAUGCAACAGCUCAAAGACGUUGUCGAGAUAUAACGCCAACUACACGUUGGAAGCGUGUAACAUUGAGUGCAGGGCAGAGGCCGUCGUAUCGAAUUGUGGCUGUAGGCUUGUCAGACAUCCGGGAGACGAGCCAGAGUGUUCCCCGCAACAAACAUCGGGUUGUGCAAAGGAUAUACUUAAGAAACUGAAGAGCGGAGAGUUAGAAUCCUGCAAUUGCCCCGUGCCGUGUAACUACACAACUUUCACGACCAGCCUGUCCACUGCAACGUUACCGAGCCAAAUGGUGGCUCAAAGCCUCAUCGAUAAAUACCAAAAUUACUAUCCUGGUUAUGAUUUGUUCAAUUCAUCCACUGGCGAAAAUGCCACCACCACCCUAACGGAGGAGUACAUACGGAACAACUGGGUCCUGCUGGAUGUUUACUAUGAAGAAAUCAACUUACAGAAGUUCGUCCAGUCAGAAGCUAUCACGCCAUCUGGAUUAAUAAGUGACAUUGGCGGUCAACUUGGGCUAUUCCUCGGGGCAAGUUUCAUCACCUUGGCAGAGAUCCUCUCGUACUUCGCUCGGAAGAUCGAACAUAUUUGUAAAAUAAACAAAGGCGGUAAACAGUUCGCAAUCGGUCCAGAGCAAGACCGUGAUAAUAAUGAUUUACCUUCAAAGGAAGACAGUGUGUAACUGCACUGCUGAUUUUAAUUAGGCCACACUUAUCCAUAAAAGAUACAUUUAAGUCCAGCUGAUUGUAUUAAGAUUAUGGAGAGGGCGGUGCACAUUGAUCUGUAUCAGAGCUGUAUAUUGGGAGAGUUACGACAAUUUGCGAUAAGAAUAAUAAAAAGGCCAUUUUGUUCCCCAAGAAACGCGAGGGCGAACACGGGGUGCCAGACUAGUCUGCCCAUUGGGUUGUGCUGAAUUUUGAGACAAAAUGGUGCCAGCAACCACGUGACCAAAGAAAACUGGUCCAUCCAUGUUGCAACUCUCUCAAAGCACAGCUCUGAUCUGUAUUCCUACCUCGGAGAAAACAAUAUGAUCCCUCCUUGCCAAUCAGGUUUCAGACCUCAGCAUUCAACAGAGACCACACACUGCAUGGAUUGAUAAAUAAUGGACCCUUCCCAUGAAAUAUGCUAAUACAUUCACGCAUGCGUACUGACCC